CUCUCGCCUCAACUUUGGAUGUUGCCAAGUCGCGCGCGGCGCCAACUCUUGUUGGGACGAACCCAUGUCUUCAUUUUUUUUCUCCACCGCGGAUGUGAAUGGGACAGCUUUAAAAGGGCACGAGUCUUUGGACUGAAACUUUUGUCUCUGUUCCAUAGGUUCGCAGCCCAGAGAGCCGCCGGGAUGUUCUACUUUCACUGCCCGCCUCAGCUGGACGGAGAGUGCUGUCGCUCCAACACACUGAAUGCAAGCGGCUUCGGCAACCACGCCCCGGCUGAUUUUGAUGACGGAUUUCUACGUAGAAAACAGCGCAGAAAUAGAACAACGUUUACUUUGCAACAGCUGGAGGCUUUGGAGGCCGUCUUUGCCCAGACUCACUACCCUGACGUGUUUACCCGCGAGGAGCUGGCCAUGAAGAUCAACCUGACCGAGGCCAGGGUGCAGGUUUGGUUUCAGAAUCGCAGAGCAAAGUGGAGGAAGACGGAGCGAGGGAGCGCGGACCCUGAAGGAGGUAAAGAGCAGAUGAAUGACGGCACUCCUCCAUCCCGCGGCAUCAACUCUCAGUCCCCGGUGGACCACAGCAGAAAGCAGAAAGAACCAAUGGAGAUGCAGCAGAGUAUCAACAGGACAGUGGGUCCAAGUGGUCCGUUCUUCCCAUCUUGUAUACCAGGCACACUCCUCAACUCGGCCACCUACGCCCAGGCCCUCUCACAGGUCGCCACACUGAAAGGUAAUGGCUUAUGCUCCUGCUGUGUUUCUGACCCCAUGGGCUUGUCCUUCCUGCCGCCCUACGGUUGUCAGGGCAACCGCACAGCCAGCGUGGCCGCCCUGCGCAUGAAGGCCCGAGAGCACUCGGAGGCCGUGCUGCAGUCCGCCAACCUGCUCAGUGCGGCGAGCGGUCCCGGUGCCGGCGUGGGAGUGCUGUCCGGAGUCGGCAUGAGACCCACAGUGGGUUCCGCCAUUGAGGCCCCCGUCACCGUGGGAAGAGGAAGAGACAGCUCCAGUCCCAGCCCGGCCACCAAGGUGCCAGUCCUGGGUAGCGGCCAUGACAAACACCCUCACUGCUCCAAGGAACCACAGGAGAAAAAGUGAAGCGCUGGACAAAAACGCGGAUGUACUCCUACUCUAAAUCUUUGUGAUCGUGCCGGUUAUUACUACACUACUCUGGUCCUAUGAGCAACCAAGCACAACUACUGACUGAGCCCACAAACCGGCCCGGGAAAUACCGUAUUGAUAUCAAAAUGUAUGGAUGCAACAUUUAAAUAUUUAUUUGACUGUAAAUUAUUAUUGUUUGUGAGAAAUGCUAAAUAUGUGGGGCCUUGUUAUCCCAGCACAAGUGUGGUUUUGGAUCUAUAUCUGUCUUCGUGAACUCUUGGACUCUACUUGAUGGACUACGGUUGAUACAACAUGUGUGCAAGAAAAUCCUAUUUGAUAAUGUGAAUUUAAGUAAUCUCAAGACAGUUCCUCUCGUAUUCAUGAAGAGGACCGACGCUUACAUUUUCAAUGUCAAUGCAUGUAAACUCUGUGUAGAACUGAUGGCAGCACAGUGAGGACUUUGGAGAAUUUUGGCAAUAGGAUGUUUUUGCCAUCAGGUCAUUAAUGGCCCUCAAACAAUAUCUCAUUCUUUUGAUUUUAAAGUGAAAGUGAACUUACAUUUUCUUCUUUUGUGUGUGUAAAUGUGUACAUACAGACGGACAGAGCGGCGGCUGUCCCUUGCACUCUGUUAGCACAUCAGUGGUUCCAGCAGACAGGAACCACGCCAGUCCUGUUGUGACAUGUUCUUUAAAACAAUUAAAGAUGUAGUCGCUCAUGUUCCUCUCCUGUUGCCUCGCGCUCCAGCCAUCUGUUCGGAUACAUUAUUUAUCAGUUUCCUUUAAAGCCGGGAGAGGAGAGCAAUCGUGACUCUUAUUAUUUAUUUACUUUUAGAAAUGCUCACCCUCUUUCCCCUGCUCUCUCUAAGUAUUUUUUAAUAA